UCAUGUGCAAAUGACAAGAUCAAAAGACAAGUUUUUAAUAUUAUAUUUAUUUCAAGGAUGCUCAAAUUCAAUAAAGUUCUGAAUAAAGUAUGGAUCCCAGUAAUAUCCAGGCGCUAUACCACUUACCCUAUAUCAUUCACUUAUCACUUACAAAAUCUCCCUGCUACUCAAUAUACUAAACUGAGCAACGGUGUGACCAUCGCAACCGAGGAACGCGAGUCUUGUAAUGCAUGUGUAGGGCUAUUUAUGGAUGCCGGCUCCAGGUACGAGAGCAAUACUGAGAAUGGAGUAGCUCAUUUUUUCGAGCAUUUAGCUUUUAAAGGAACCCAUAGCAGAUGUAAGUCAGAUCUUGCGACACAGAUGGCAUGUCUAGGUGCCAAGUAUAAAUGCUUCACCACUCGUGAGAUGGUCGCUUAUUACGUGGAGUGCUUGAGCGCAGAUACGUUAGUGGCCACCGAAAUACUCAUCGACUGUAUAUUCAACAACAGUUUCGACAAGGCUGAGAUAGAGCAAGAGAAACAAAUUGUGUAUUUAGAAAUGAUAGACCAUGACAAUGACCCCCACAAAGUGGUGUUUGAUUACUUACAUGCGAGUGCAUUCCAAGGCACGCCUCUUGCUCAAACGGUAAUGGGCCCCAGCUCGAACUUAUAUAACUUCACUGAUUCUACCAUAUGUCGGUACUUGUCCAAAUGCUUCGACCCAGGCAGGACGGUCCUCGCAGCUGUUGGUGGCAUUAAACACGAACGGUUAGUAGAACUUGCCAAAUCCUACCUUUGCAAGUUAGAACCACUGAAUUUUGAAGACAUGGAUACUUACAGAUACACUGGCUCAGACGUUCGUUUUCGUGAUGACUCGAUGCCCACUGCUCACGUGGUGAUUGCCGUAGAGGGCCCUAGCUUCAGUGAUGACGACAGAGUCGUCAUGGAAGUGGCGCGGUUCAUAAUGGGCGGGUGGGACCGCUCCCAGCCCGGUGGACUCAACCACCCUGCACGGCUCGCACGUACUAUUACGCGGGGCAACUUGUGCGACUCGUACCAAGCAUUCAAUCUGAACUACAAAGAUUGCGGUCUCUUCGGAGUCCACUUCGUGGCUGAUACUAUGCACCAAGACGACAUAAUGAUGUCGAUACAAGAAGAGUUUAUGUAUUUAUCCAUGUGUGUGACAAAGACUGAGGUAGACAGAGCUAAAAAUUUUUUAAAAGCAAAGAUUUUGUCUGAGACCGAAAGUUCAUUGGGCGCUUGCAUGGACAUCGGGCGUUGUACGUUGUAUUAUGGGUGCCGGCCAUCACUGCCGCAGAAGAUGGAUGCGGUGGACAGCGUCACGAUAGAUCAAGUGCGGCGGGCGUGCUACCAGUACCUGUUCAACCAGUGUCCAGUGGUCGCUGCCGUUGGUCCUACGGAGGGGCUCUUCGAGUACCCCAGGAUUAGGUCAUACAUGUACUGGUCUCGAGUUUGAGUGGGUUUUAUAAAAUAAAUUUUUAUUAUAUAGUUUUUUUUUGUAAAUAAAUAUUUGUUUUUGUUCAGACUGUAUCUGAACAAAACUUUAUGCACAUUA